AUGCCGAACUGGAAAGACCUUUUGGCCAACCGUGAGCGACGCCAAUUUCCCGAAGUUGUGGUCCCCUUGGCCCAUGGCUCGGCACCGAAAACCAAUGAUAGCCAGGACAAUGACUCCAGCAGUGGCCUCGACAGGACGUCUUCUCAGGAAAAGGGUACCGCCGGUACUCAUGUCAGUAGCACAUUGACUCUGGAAGCUCUCAGGGCAGACGUCGAAGCCGAUAUUAAUGCUUCAGGCCAUGACACUGCAUAUGAUCGCAAAGCGAAAGUAAUCAACAGAGCAGUUCAGGACAUUGGUAUGGGACGCUAUCAAUGGGGUCUCUUUGUCCUUUGUGGAAUGGGCUGGGUUGCGGACAACCUUUGGUUGCAGGGAGUCGCUCUCACCUUGACACCCAUCGCCAUGGAAUUUGGCGUCUCUGAGAAUGAGUCUCGCUUUGCAACUUGUGCUCUGUUUGUGGGUCUUAUUGUCGGUGCCUCUUUCUGGGGUAUUGCUUCCGAUGCUAUUGGACGCCGUCCAGCUUUCAACAUGACGCUUUGCAUUUGCGGUACCUUUGGCCUCGCCGCUGGAGGUGGACCUAACUGGAUUGGGACAUGUGCUUUAUAUGCUUGCUUGGGUCUGGGUGUUGGCGGUAAUCUACCCGUGGACGCAGCCGUUUUCCUGGAGUGUUUGCCUCCCAACUCAACCCAAAUUCUCAGUGGACUGGCAACAUGGUGGUCUGUCGGUACUUUAAUUGCCAGUAUGCUCGCCUGGGCUUUUAUUCCCACUUUCUCUUGUGAAAGCUAUGACACCUGUACCAGGGCAAACAACUGGGGCUGGAGGUAUCUUGUUUUGACGCUGGGUGCCAUUACCUUUGCCAUGUUCCUUUGUCGAUUCUUCCUCUUUACGCUCUACGAAUCCCCAAAGUUCCUGGUUGCCCGCGGUCGUCAGGACGAAGCAGUCGCUGCAGUUCACGGAAUCGCCCACAAGAACAGGACUACCACCUGGCUCACCGAAGACAUCUUGAACGAGAUCGGUGGGUAUCCAGAGGAGGCUAAGGAAAAGCAAUCCCUGUCCACAGGGCAAAUCGUCAAGAGGUCUCUUGAGAGAUUCUCGGUUCAACAAAUCAAGCCCUUGUUCAAAACAAAGCGUCUUGCCGUUUCGACCAUCUUGAUCUGGUUUUGCUGGACAUGCAUUGGAAUGGGCUAUACUCUGUUCAACGCUUUCCUUCCUCAAUAUCUGGGCGCCAACUCUUCCACUUAUAUCACCUAUCGCAAUUACGCCAUCACAGCAGUCUGUGGAAUCCCAGGUCCACUUCUUGGCUGGGUUCUGGUUGACAUCAAGUACAUUGGCCGCAAGGGCACCAUGGCUGCAUCCACCCUGAUCACGGGCGUCUUGUUGUUCUGCUUCACCGCUACCAAGGAUCCUAACAUUCAGCUCUUGUGCUCUUCUUUGGAGUCUUUCUUCCAGAUGAUCAUGUACGGUGUGUUGUAUGCCUAUACGCCUGAAGUCUUCCCUGCACCAAACAGAGGGACAGGAUCUGGAAUUGCUAGUUGCCUGAACCGCAUCGCCGGUCUUAUGGCCCCGAUCAUUGGUAUCUAUGCUAGUACUGAUCCCGUUGCGCCGAUCUAUGCGGCGGGUGGACUCAUUCUUGCUUCGUUUGUCGCGAUGUGCUUUUUGCCAAUCGAAACCCAGGGAAAGCAGGCUAUGUGA